AUGAAAAAGAUGCAUCGCCCUGAUUCCAAGUGUUGCUCAGUUUUUGAUAUAAGCAAAGAUUUGUUACCCUUGUAUGAAGUGGUUGAUCUUGCCUAUUUGGAAAUAUUGGUCACCAAGCAUCUCUCAUCAUUUGGAAACCAUUGGGACACGAUGAUGGCAUUAACGUCUUUGGACCAUGGAAAAUUGAACUCCACACAAGAUGGCAGUUCUCGUCCAUUUGUGCUGUUUGGAAUUAAUGCAAGCAAGAAAUCCAUUCAAAAUUUAUCAACUGUGAACGCUGGAACACUUGGGAAUUCUGGAGAGAACGGAAAGCCAGCAAUCUUAAUGGUUUGUCAAGUUGUCUCUCCAUGCUUUCCUGUGUCUUGUUGCCGUACUUACUUCUUCCAGAAUGAACCUUUCAUAUACAAUGAAAAGCCUCAGGAAGCUGAAGAGAAAGCAAGAGAAAUUCUCCAAGAAAAUAAAACCUCCUUGAAUGAUGAAAAUUUAAAAAAGCAUCUGGACCGCAGGGACAACAUUUUAUUUGUCUUGGAGAGCAUGUCCACUUCAAAGACAAAGUUAAACAAACUGAGCUCAGGCUCGGAUAUGAAAAAGAUACAAAUGUCUAUAUGGGACAUCCCUUGUAAGGAAAGAAAAUGUAAUUCCACAUAUGGUUCCCUUGCUUUUGGGGAGACAUUUGUUCUUUCUUCCAUCAAAACAGAAGAUGCAAAUGAUGGUAAUAAUUGCAGAAACAAUGAAGUUUUGGUUAUAACUUCGAAUAUUCCUCGGUAUCACUGUUGGAGAACUAUUCCAGUUGGUGACAAUAUUGAGGAGACAUGCAAGACCCUGAUGCUGACAGAUGACUUUGGUAAAUUACUUUUCGAUUCCAGUACAGUGGACAUCAUUGUUCGCAACAAACAAUGCAAUUUUUCAAGUACAGGACACCUGUAUGUCUUUGAGAAAGGAAUCAUUAUUCUUCGUUCACUGCAGGAUCCAAUCUGCUUGCCAAAUUCCAGAACCAUUUCCUUGGAGACCUAUUACAAGGAUGCUUUUAGCUCUUUGGCGCUACUUUUUCAUGGUAAAUGUAUAACCACAGACCAAGCCAAUGUCUUACCCACCAAUUUUGCUAACUCAGCUGGAAAUUUGGUUAUUGUCUUCAAACCAGAGACAAAAGCCCGAAGAGUUUUCUUUUCACAGUUACUCCACUAUUGGAGAAAAUCUGGGCAAGUCACCCAUGUGGAUGAAGUGGAACCAGAACUUCAGGAAAUCUAUAACCAUCUUUCAAACUGUUUUUUUUUCCGUCUUUCUGGUCAGCACAGCAUUUACGAAAUAUUAGUGCAAUCCAAUUUGUUACCAGUAUUACUGAAAAAAUGGCCAAAGUGGUCAACAGCGACAGAAGAGACAGACAACAAGGUGAUAAUCACAAUCAUUAGUGGAAUUCGAGGAAGUCAUAAAGAAAAGGUUUCUAAAGUGUUGAGUAGUUUGUCAAAGGAACACAACAGAUGGAUGAUUCUCAAUGAUUCCCUUGAGGAAACGAGGUCCUUUGAUGAUGUGAAACUGCAAAAUUAUCUAAGUACAUCAAUUAUGGCCCAACGGAAAAACUUUCAUGAAACUGAAGGUCACCCAGACAAAGAACUAAGAGUCAUAAUUAUUGUGCCUGGUUAUGCAGAAACUAUGGACGUAGUCCGGGCCAUCUUGACUCAUCCAAAUUCACAAAUUCGGGAACAAAUCAAAAUUGGUGCUGUUACUGUGUGUGUUAAUCCAGAUAAUUGCUUUCUUGAAAACAGAUUUAUAUUCCCAAUUUUGAUGAAUCAGUGUGCCACUGGCUGGGUAAACAAUGUCCUUUUCAUUACCAGUAGAAACAAUGACAAUUUGUUGAAUGAAAUCCAGCUUUUGAUCCGAAGUGCUAAUCCCCAAGUCAGCUUUCUUAGGGCUCAUAAGGGAAAAUUUCAAAGUUACGACUUUGAUUUGAUCCUGUCUGACACUGCUUUUGAUAGUCCAGCCCUGUGCCGAGCCAGAAAUCUUCUCUACCCAAAUUGUGGUUUUCCUUUUCAUAAAAAUGUCUAUAAUGUCCGUGGCCAGGUGUUAUUCUCAGGGGACAAGCAAAUGUCCAUGUUUCACUAUAUCACCCUUUCCAACCAACUGGACGUUGAAAUUGCAACUCUAGUACCAACACCGCCAAAGCCAUCUCCUCAAAAGGAAAAACUUAGUGCAAGAUAUUUUGUUAUCUUCUCCGGCUGCCAUUUGGACAAAGGAGAUUUAAAAACUUGGCUGAGGCCAUGUUUUAAAAACAUUCCAGAAAAGAAAUCCCUGUUAAACAGAAAAGAUCUUUCAGCACAGAUAAUAAAGAAAGUUCAGGAUAAACAUAGAUUGGAUUCCUUGCCUGCAGGAUGGUAUUAUAAUGGUCAACAAUAUGUUUGUUUGACAGGUGAGAGAUCAACUCAACAUCCUUAUUUGGAUGAGUUUCUGGAUAAAUAUACAGAAACGACAAAUGCAGAAAUCAACAAGUUCAAUGCUGAAAUUGACAAAGAACAGAAACGUUUCGUAUUCCUGUGA